GGGGGUGGGAGGGGGAGGAGGUGCUCUAUCUUUUGCGUUUAAUUUUUGUACGAUGUGUUAAUAUUGUCGUCUUUUUCCUUUUCUUCUUCUUUUUCUUCUUCUUUUUCUUUUUUCUUUUCCCUUACUACGUUGUUUCUAUUGAAAUCGAUGAAACGGCGCGCAGCAGACGGGUGGGCUGGGCAAGUGGGAGGGUGUAUAGAGUACUACUGGAUUUGGGAUUGGAUUGGAUAUCUACGGGUUUGGGGAUUGGGGGCUGGUGGACUGGUGGUGGGGAAUGCUGAGAAUCACCAGGAAUACAAAGAAAGCUUCGUUGUUGUAUGCAACUUCUUCUGUCUGUUCUGUUCUGUCUGUCUGUUUGGCUGUUUGGCUGUCGUGGAAUUGGAUUAAUUUCUUCGAUUGAUGUCUAUUUGUUGUGUUGUGUUGUGUUGAGUAGGUAGAAUACCUAUCUCGGAACGGAACGUUACCUAUCUGAACUGCUGGAGAAUGACGGCGAUUUAAUUACUCCAUGUUCCUACCAUCUACCGAUCGCUGGCUGCUGUUGGGGGGGGUUUCGGUAAUCAAAUCUAUGCGAUAUUAUGCUACAUACC